ACUCAUCUAUCUCACACCUUGUGGAGCUACUACGCUCUCUUCCUUCUCACAAUGCAGACACAAAAUGUCCACUACAGACCUGACGCCUGCCCAGGCGCACGCCCUCUUCGAUAUUCUUACGCACCAUGAAACCUAUGCUGAAAUUGAGAACUUCAAGUCCCCAGACGCAAUUCACCAAUACGGCAAACCGUUCAUCAAGGCUAGCAACGUGCCUGCAAAGUCACCGCUGUUACAGAUCCUUUUUACACGUUUUGCGACCAAUCUCCCAGGCCUAAGAAAUGUUGCACCCAAGUUUUGGCAAGAACAGUGCUCGACAUUGCUAGAGAAGCUUGGUGGCGCAGAACUUUCUGAGAGUUAUGAAAGAGGCACCCUAGGAGCAAGGAAGACUGUCGCGACAGCCAUAUCAGCGGUCUUAGAAUAUCCGGCCAGAGGUGUCAUUGGAGGCUUUGCGCGUAAGAACCUACGAGACGCUGAUCAUCAGUACGACAUUUCAAAGGCUGAAGACGUCUUGGCCGGAUGGGAAGACUUUACACAACGGCUUGUGUAUGCUGACAUGGUCGAUGAGGUCUUUGCCAGAUGUGCUUUGACUGACAAGCUAGAGGAUCACUCAUCCAUCGUUCAAGCUGCUCAUGAGUUUAUGUUGGUAAACUUUGCCUCCUUCGUACAUCAUAUCCUGAUCUCCUCUCCCGAUGGCCUGUAUCUCCUUAAGAUUAUGGAGAACGCACAUCGACUCAUCCCAUAUACACUCAUUCGACAGACUUUGAAGGUUGGCAAUGCUGCCUCCAUGAUCAAUGCGAUGGUCAGAGUGGUACUUGCGAAGCUUUCCGUCACAAGUGUCACCAACUGGAUAGGUCUGAGUAAUAAUCCCGAUGAUGGGAUGAACCUUGUUCAGCAGAUCAUAUCCCAAGUCCUCAAAUGGGACAUCAACGACUUUCAGAAGCAAAUGUUGAACAUUGAAAAGACAAAGGAUGGGCUCACAAAAGAUCAAAUCGAUGCGCUUAGAGUAUAUUUGAGGAUGGAAAGGCGAGAUCAUGAAAGAUUACAAGACAGAAGUCUCACCGAGGCUAAAAGUAUUGCCAUGGUCAUCUUCGAUGAGGCGAACUUACCACAAGUGCCUACCGAGCUCCAGCACUCCUUGGCAUUAGAGUAUCUACAGAAACUUCUGGAGGUCCGAGAUCGAGAAGAGCUGAUCGCUAUAUUAUGCCGUCACAGCCCUGAUAUUCUUACACAGCCGAUCCGCGAUGCAGUCGCGGCGUACGAUCCUGUGAUACGAGCACUUCACAACGCAGUCGAUCUCAGCAGCGGCCUAUGGGACCUGGAAUGCUUCCUUAAUGAUCUAAUAAAGCUCUCGAAAUCCAAAACAAAUGGCGAACAUAGCGACCGACCACCUAGCGUACAAGACUACGUCGACCUAUGCAAAAAGCAUCAAUCAGCCCUCCACCGCUUCCUCUACCAAAUUGCUAAGAAUGGAACAGAGAUUACUGAAUGGUUUCGCGAAUGGUCACACAAUGCCGUCAAGCAGUUCAGGGAACCCGAACUCAAGCUUGCCACUGAUGAAACGCCUCGGAGCAAUCAAGACGCCAGUAGCGCAGGUGCAAUCACUGGUAUCCUGCAGCAGUUCACAGCUCAACUUACUGAAGAGGAGCAGAAUACCGUGAGAACCAUUACCGACGCACACGCCGAAUAUCUCGGGAAUCUUCAUCGAUUAUCGCACGACCGCAUGACAGCGCUCAUAGACCGCUCGGACGAACCUCAGUCCGGCCCGGGCAUGUAUCUCGCAAAGUGGCAGUCCCUACUAGACAAUACCCUUAUAACGCCUGUGCAACCGAACGGUCCUGUGCGUCGGGGGAAAGACAAGGACGUGAGGAACUCGUCAAAGCGUGGUCCAGAGGGAGCAGAUAAGAAGGCAGAGAAGCAGAAAAUCCGGGAGUCUAUCAAGGUGCGAGACGACUUCCCCGAAGCGCCAAAUGCAGAGGCAGUGACGAAGCUGCUAGGGCAGAAGUUCCGGGAAUACUUGGCGCAGGGGAUUAGCUAAAUGAGUAGACGCAGUCGACAUAAUGAAGUGAAGCUUCGAAUUCGAGAAUGUCAUACAUUCCUCGUUUCUACAUACAACUAAUAACCAACUGCCGUUUUCCUCAAGUGUAUAUACAAGAAGCAAAGCGCCUCCAGGGACUCUAGUAUGCUCCACAGGAGCGAUAGUCUCAGAAGAGGGAAAGCCUAUAUGCGGGCCUACGUAUCGUAUCACCAUUUGUGCUUCGGUCGAGACCACAUAUAUUCAUUCCCCUUGUCCCAUAAAAAUGGAAGAGAGUCGUGCAGGUGCUGUCUAUCAUUUCGUUAAGAUGCAAACCAUCCAUGUAGAUGCCCGUGUUGCAUUGGGAACGGAUGUGUGACCCAUCAAUCGUGGGAU